AUGAAAAAUGAGACAGAAAUGAGUCACGGAACAAGGAUGAUUUCUGACGAAUUUGGUCUCUCAUUUGGAAUUCAGGCCGAGGAAGUCGAUGCAACUGGCCUCGGCUGCGUCGAAGCCAAUGCUCGUGCUCUCCAGAAGAUGGCCAGGAUGUUAAGAAGCUCCCUUGGCCCAAAUGGAAUGGAUAAGCUGAUUGUGAGCUGCGAUGGAAUAAUCACGAUGACGAAUGAUGGUGCCACAAUAGUGGACGAAUAUGUUGCACGUAACAGCGGAUGCCUGAUGGAGCUGGUUCGUGGACUAUCUCGGUCACAAGACGAUGAAGUUGGUGAUGGAACUACGUCAAUCAUUCUGUUUGCAAAUGCAUUGCUACAGGAAGCAUUGCGCCUUCUUCGAAUGGAAAUGCACCCUGUGAGAGUGGCCGAGGGGUUCAGCAGUGUCCUAAACUACGUGGAAGAAGAGAUGGGCGGCCUAAGCCAGCAGAUUGGGACUGAAAGAAGGAGAUUCUCCCUUGCUGCGGUCAAUUCAGCCCUAAGCAGCAAAAUUGCGUCUGUUUACGGUGGAAUGGGGGCAGUCUGCGUCGAUGCUGUCGAAGCAGUGGCUGAUUCAGGUCGAAAUGACGUUGAUUUGACCAGGGUGAACGUGAAAAUGGUAAGGGGUGGAAGCAUAAAUCAAACUGAACUAAUUUCAGGUGUUUUGGUUGAGAAGGAGGCUGUGGCUGAGGAUGUGCUUCUUUCAAGGGUGGCCAAGAAGGGUGAAUUACGCCUAUGUCUGCUUGCAUGUCCAUUUGAGCCACCAAGGCUGAAGACGAAGAGCAGUUUGCUUGUUACGAAUGCAGAUGAGUACAGAAAGCUGGGAGAAUACGAAAGAGGCGUCUUCAGGGAGAUGAUUCAGAAGGUGAAGGAGUCUGGGGCUGAUUUGGUUUUAUGCCAAUGGGGAUUCGAUGACGAGGCGACAUCGAUGCUGGUUGAGGCCGAGAUGCCGGCAGUUCGAUGGGUUGGAGGCCACGAGCUGGGCCACAUUGCUGCCCUCUCUGGCGGACGCAUUGUCUCACGCUUCGAUAGCCUGGAACCAGCCUCUCUUGGCUCAGCCAGAAUCAGCCUAAAGAAUAUUGGAACUGAAAAUGAGAAGUGGAUUUGUGUCCAGAAAGAAGGAAGCAAAAUAGCAACAAUUCUGGUUAGAAGCUCCAAUCGCAUUCUGAGCGAGGAGGUGGAGAGGAGCAUACGAGACGGGCUGUGUGCAGCAAGAAACAUCGUGGUAGCAGAUGCAGUGGUCUACGGUGGUGGGUCACUUGAGCUGAGUUUGUACAGGAAAAUGAACCAAUUUGAUUCAGGCAAGGAAGACCACAUUCUGAAGUUGAUGAAGGCAGAAGAUGUCUCCUGUUUCAGGGCAUUCAGUAGAGCACUCCUUGAGAUACCACUGGUAUUGGCACAGAAUGCGGGUCAAGAGGCAGAAUGCGUAGAGAAACUGCUGAAUUCAGGAAAUGACCACUGGAUUGGGGUAUCACGGGAAAUGGGUAAGGCAUUUGGAGACAUGAAGGCAGAAGGGGUGUUUGAGAGCAUCGGAAGCAAGAAGAGGCAGUAUCGGAUGGCAACUGACUUCGUAAACAGCAUUCUGAAGAUUAGUGACGUCAUUCGAAGGUGA